AUGGGAAAUGGAAAUGUGCCCGCUAUGCAGGUCAGAAAUCUGAUGGAUACUGCUUUGAAACCGGUUUCUUGUGUGCUUGUACGGAUGCUUGUAUGUAAUCGGUUUCUUGAAUCCAAUCUGAGUGCCGACCAUUUGGCCGAUUGCCCUUGUUCCGCUAAGUCGAACGGAGUAACAAAGUGUUUUCAAAAGCCUCUGCAAUCCACCAACCUGACUACGGAAAUGCAAAUUAUAUGUAGGAGGUUUAUUAGGGUUAUUGAAAUAGUUUAUUUUGAUGUUAUCGAUCUGUUAGUUCUUUCUCCUUUCAAGGAUUACCGGACAAAAAUGAAUACAUGCGACUCAAAUUCAGACAUAAUUAGUCUUGUUCCAGGCAAUAUACGAGAAAAUAUCAUAAUGUGUUUGCCUAUACAAGAUGCAGUGAGGACAAGUCUUUUGUCAAGGAAAUGGAGAUAUGUGUGGUCAAAACUUCCUCAACUGGUAUUUGAUGACAAGUUCUACAGACAUGUGUACGGUACAACGAAUGCUGAACUGUUGAUGAUCGAUCAGUUGAUACGAUUUGUUUCAAACAAUGAUAUCCAGGACUUCGCCCUUCACAUUUGGCAGGGGGUAUAUAAGUUGCCAUCAUCGCUAUAUUCAUGUUUGCAACUGAGGCAUUUGAAACUCCAUUCUUGUAUCCUUAAACCCCCUCCUGGAUUUGAAGGAUUUGCCAGGCUCAUUUCCCUUGAUCUUUGUGACGUUGCCAUUGCUGAUGACAUACUUUCAAGUCUGAUCUCCAAUUGCCCACUACUUGAAGACCUAAGACUUCAGAGCUCCAACAGUUUACAUUCCCUUGAAGUUGCUGGUCCAAAUCUUAGAAAAGUACUCUGUGAGGGCCAUUUCAGAUCUAUUUGCUUCACAAAUACUUCUCGUCUUGCAAACGUCGAAAUAUAUUUGAACGAAUAUAGAAAGGAGCUAUUCUGUGGCAAAGAAGAAACACCUAACUCUGGCAUAGCUGCAUCUAGUGUACCAACAAGGCUUCCAACAACUUUGAACAACCUCAAACAUAUCACGUUGAAUGAAAUUUGCUUUGGGGAGCGAGAUGAGGUCUCUGUUCUUAUUUGCUUAAUCAGAAGCUCUCCGAACUUGGAAAAAAUUACUAUUGAAGCAUUUCCUGGUGCGACUUCUGCUAUUCCUAUAGAUCUAGAUUUUUCAGAAGCAAUGCUUAUCGAGCUGAACUCAUCACAUGUUGAUGCUGAUGAAUUGCGAAUUGUGAAAGAAUUGACAAGACUUCGAUGUGCAUCACCCCAAGCAGAAAUGAACAUCGUAUCAAGAGAUGAUCAAGAUUGA